AUCAUUACUCUAAAAUAAGUUUUUUUUUCUUAAUAAAAAAAAGGAGAAAGUUAAAAAAAUUAAUUUCAAAUACUAUGGCCUGGGGUUAUUGGAGUGCUACAACGGUCGAUCGGGGCCGUUCGCCACGUCGUAAUACUCAGUGCACUCCCUUGCCUGUCAAUUUGGUGCAGCAAGACGAGGAACCUUGCGUUACUACAAGUGCAACGGCAGGGGCGGCUGGCACGGCGGCGGCAGCAGCUUCAGCUGCUCCCACCACAUCCACCACAAACACCAGCAAUGCUAACAAUACAUGUCCUACUACUCCAUCGGCUGUUACCACUGUUACUCAAUCAAAUCUUUGCUACAGUCCCACGUGUCGCAGUCGCUGCAUGAGUCCUUGUCCGGGCAGUCCCUGUCCGGGUAGUCCCUGCGGCUCAAUAACACCACCGCCACCACCACCUCAUCCUUUAACAGCUUCUCAACAGUGUUUGCAUUCACAUUCCAAUAAAAAUUGUCCAGCAGCCCAACAAAUUUUCUCGGCUAAUGAUUAUCCCUCGCGUCGCCAAUCGCUGGAUCGUCUUGAUAGUCCGCAGGUAUGGACUUUUCAUAAGAGUAAAUAUUUCGAUAUACAGGCGAACCAAUUAUCUGAUAUUAUGUGUCGCGGUGCCGUAGUCUCUUCCAUACAAUCGGCUAACAAUACCUUAACUCGUGGCGUUUCACUGCAUAGUCGCAGCGGAAGUGCUCAUGGCAGUAUACAUGGCGGUGGCGGCGGUAGUCAUCAUGGUAGUCACGGCACUGUCGGUCCCAGCAGUGCUCAUGGUUCUAUAGGAUGUUUACAAGGCAGUACAGGUCACCUGGUCAAUGUGGGGCAUACCACUAGCAGUGGCAGCGUUGGACUGUUAGCCGGUGCUAUAGACACUGGCGAUUAUGAUGUUCCCCAUCCCCAUCCAUAUACACAUCAUUAUAUGCAAACUUCAUCUUCCAUAACGCCACCACACUCUACAAUGAGUUUAAUUGGCUCGAGGCCUGGUUCGGCGGGUCCCUACGGACCGAGUCAUGAUUCUGGCUCGGAUUCUAGUCAAGGUUGUGGUUCGAUAAUGGCUUCCGGUAGUCAUAUAGCGCAUAUGACUACGCAUUUAGGCGGUUUGGUCGGUACGUGUCAUCAUCAUUCAACGGUACAUAGCAGCGUUGCCAGCGGCGGCGGAGGUUCCGGCUCUUUGGGUCGGUGUUCUAGUCGUUGCCAUAAUAGUGCUACAGCUGCUACAACCACAAUGGAUGACACAAUUACGGGUGGUGUUGGUACGAGCGGAGGUAGUAUUUUCGGUAGUGUAAGUUGUAUGGGCUUGGAGCCUAUACAUCAUCGUGGAGCACAUCACGGCAGUGCUGGCAGUGGUUUGAAUGGUUGUGGCGGCGGUGGCGGUAGCAGUAGUGGCGGUCGCAAUAGUUCUUUAAGUACCAUACACAACGGCCAUGGGCAUCAUCAGUAUCAUCAUGAAUGCAUUCAUUAUGAACGCUUACCUAUACCGGUUCCUAUACCAACGGUGCCAAUACAACAAUUGCCAUCCGAGGAAGAAAUUGAACCGGCUUAUGCAACAGUAUUUCCCAAUGUUCCUGCAGCACCUGGUCUGUUGUGUGAUGGCGAAGAUCGUAGCAUUUAUAGACGUGGAGCGCGUAGAUGGCGUAAAUUGUAUCGUGUCAAUGGUCAUAUAUUCCAAGCUAAACGUUUUAACAGGCGCGCUUUUUGCGCUUACUGUCAGGAUCGGAUUUGGGGUCUGGGACGUCAAGGUUUCAAGUGCAUACAGUGUAAGCUGUUGGUGCAUAAAAAAUGUCAUAAAUUAGUUAAGAAACCCUGCUCCAAUGAGCAUGUUGAGUCGUUGGUACCCAAAGGCUCUGAAGAUGACUUUGCAGAGCAAUUGCCUCAAAUGCCGCCACCUAUACCCGACUAUCCGCCCAUGCAUCAUCAAGUCGACGAUUCUUGUAUGUCAUCUGACCACGAAUUGGUAUCGGCUUCUACUAGUGGUGCUCAUAUGGCGCAGAAAGAUGAAAUUGAAAUGGGCGCGCAACGUCAAUUUUCUUUAGAUGAUUUCGAACUGAUACGAGUAAUUGGUCGUGGCAGUUAUGCUAAAGUUUUAAUGGUAGAGUUGAAAAAAACUCGACGCAUCUAUGCUAUGAAGGUGAUUAAGAAAGCUUUGGUUACCGAUGAUGAGGACAUUGAUUGGGUGCAAACGGAGAAACAUGUGUUCGAGACAGCCUCAAAUCAUCCAUUUUUGGUUGGUUUGCAUUCGUGCUUCCAAACACCGUCACGCCUGUUCUUCGUUAUUGAAUUUGUACGUGGUGGCGAUCUAAUGUAUCACAUGCAAAGGCAAAGGCGUCUGCCGGAAGAGCAUGCCCGAUUCUAUGCAGCCGAAAUUAGCUUAGCUUUGAAUUUCUUGCAUGAAAAAGGUAUUAUUUAUCGUGAUUUAAAAUUAGAUAAUGUUCUGCUAGAUCACGAGGGUCACAUAAAGUUAACUGAUUACGGGAUGUGCAAGGAAGGUAUACGCCCCGGUGAUACUACCUCCACGUUCUGCGGUACGCCCAAUUACAUAGCACCCGAAAUUCUUAGAGGCGAAGAUUAUGGUUUCUCAGUAGAUUGGUGGGCGUUGGGUGUAUUGUUAUAUGAAAUGUUGGCAGGCCGCAGUCCUUUCGACAUAGCCGGCGCAUCAGAAAAUCCAGAUCAGAAUACCGAGGAUUAUCUAUUCCAAGUGAUUUUGGAAAAGACCAUACGUAUACCCCGUUCAUUGAGUGUUAGGGCUGCUUCGGUCUUAAAAGGUUUCUUAAAUAAAAACCCAGCCGAUCGUUUAGGCUGUCAUCGAGAAACUGCUUUCAUGGAUAUUAAAAAUCAUCCAUUCUUCAAAGUAAUCGAUUGGGAAAUGCUUGCGUAUAAGCAAGUAACGCCACCUUUUAAGCCACGUUUAGAUUCAGAUCGUGAUUUGGCCAAUUUCCCACCAGAAUUUACCGGCGAAGCGGUACAAUUAACUCCAGAUGAUGAUCGGGUUAUCGAUAGCAUCGAUCAAUCGGAAUUUGAGGGUUUCGAAUAUGUAAAUCCAUUGCUUAUGUCGUUAGAAGACGAAGUCUGACAUCACGAGUUCUGCGAUUUACAUCCUUAUAAUAUGCGUCUUUAUGGCGAAGAUUCAAGUGACUAUGAUUCAGUUGCUGAUGAUUUAAAUUUAUUACAAUUAAAUGCUCCUAAUAAUAAUUUAAUUACAACAAAUACUUAUGCUAAUGAUCAACAUCAUCAAUAUCAUCAUGAACA